GUUUUGUAUGGCUUCUGUGGACAAGAAAGCCAAGGGGGUAAAAAUUCGCUUUCUGUUUGGGCAGUGAUAUUUGCAACUACUGCACACGCGCUACCGAGAUUAGUUGCAGCUAGAAUGCCUCGUUUCACUGACGAGUGCGAGGGUUCCAGUCGAGCGUCAUAUAAGAACAUCUAGCAGUAGAUAUU